AUGGUCGGAGUUCCAGGAAAGUACAAAGGCUGCAACACUAACCUCGAGGAUGACCAUCAUCUUCUGGAAGAGUCUCAGAAACUAACCCAGCAUCUCCAGUGUGACAACGAGCGCCCUCUCUGCAGAAAAUGCCUCGACAGCGGCCGAGAAUGCGCCGGCUACGAGCGCGAGACGGUAUUCAUCAUCGGCACUAUCGAAGACCAAGGGCGGUGUUCCUCGCACCCUCCCCGGGUGGUCAAAUCCAAAAAGAGCAGCGGAAAGCAGUCGUCAUCCAAACGAAGCGACGACACCGGCAGCUUCCAGCUCGUAGCCAACACGCCCUUUCGGCCGGCAUGGGAUGACUUGAUUUCAGUCUCUUGCGGAGGACAAACCUUUCAAGUCCAGAUCGCGGCCCUUUUCACACCACUAGGCUCAGUGACCAGAGCCUACGCCACCGAUGAAGACGAGGGGGAACAAAACCGGACAAUCUUUGUGUCGUUUCCUACUUACCAAUCCCCUGAUCUGACGCCCUACCCCGGGGAGGACGAUUUCCAGCUGUUCUCGCAGUGUAUGGUCCACCUCGCACCACCGAGCGAAUCCCGAGGAGGUCGAGGAACGCAGACGGAUAGUAUAUUCAUGUUUCUCUACGAGCACAACAACUCCAUCACAUACAACCCCACCCUCCCACCAUGGAAAGACCCCUCCCUCCAAACCUCCACCGUCCGCCGCCUCGGCCCCUCCGGGUUUCGUCAGUUUCCAAACCACCACUUCUUCGCUCGCAUCUACCGCCCAGCAGCAAUUUGGACGGCCCUCCUCUCCUCCACGCCAACCUUUUUGUCAAGUCCAGAAUGGCAAACCACACCCUACGAAUCCCACCCCCCAUCCCCGCUCGACAAUCUCUUGUCCCUCCUAUCCCUCCUCCCGGCCUUGUUCGCCAGAUUCAACAACAUCACCUCCCCUGACACCCCCCCCACCCUCUCCCGCCGGUUACUUGCCCAAGACCUCUUGUCAAACAUGAUGGAUAUUGAACUCCGACUUUCAGCAUGGUUCACCUCCCUCUCUCGGUCAGCAUUCUGGAUAGCGGACCCUGCCACCCUGCCAUACCAACCGGAGAUUCCGUUUAUGGAAACGUUUGCUUUUAGAGAUACACAGACUGGGCUUGGGUUGUUGUUUUACUGGUCGGGGUUGGUGCUGCUUUGGCCGAAGAUGUGGAGGCUGUAUUGGGUUUUGUUUGAGGCGGUAAUCGACGGCCCAAUAGGGGUGGAAGUUACUUUAUCCGGGAAGCUAGCGGGCGUUGACCCGAUGAGGUGGGGGUGGAAGGAGACAAGGGGGGUGGCGGAGAGUGUCUGUCGGGGGGGAUAUUGGGUUUUGCAGGGGGCUGCGCAGCCGGAUUUGGUGGGGUGGGUUGUUGAGGUUCUGGACUGGUUUUAUGGUGAGCUGCCGGGGAUGAUGACGGGGUGGGAUGAGGGGUUAUGGUUGGCGGGGACGGGAGGUUGGAGAUGGGGUGGGUGA